AUGGAGGAUCUGACUGAUGAUUGGGUAAAACGGUCGAAAGAAAUGGAAUAUACUAAUUCCGGACUGCAGUCUGCAUACGCCGGACUUGCCACAGAUAUGAACAACUAUUUUUCCAAUUUUCACGAAAAAUUGAACACGCUUGAACUGGCGUUUGCAGAAAUUGCAUCUGAACACGCUUCGCGUUUGGGAACAUUUAUGGAUACGAUGGACUCUAUCGUGUCUUCCAGAAUUGAUGACAUUCUGUCGCGCCACGAGGGGCAAUAUCAACUAAUGAACUCCCUUUUCCUUGCCACUCAAACACGCUGGAUAGAGUUUGGCUAUGACUUAAAUGGAAUGAGGGAGGUCUUGUUCAAUAUCUCCGACCAAGCCGCGCAGACAGCCGGCGCCUUAUCUCUUGCCUUACGCGAGGCCGAGGACCUGCGUGAUAUCCAACAUGGCGCAGUACUUGCAUCAAACGCACUAACGAAUACAGUGGUCGAACUAACGGACAUGGCACAUGCAGAAUUUGACUCAAUCAAUGGAUCUGCAUAUCUGAUAAAACAGUACUUUCAAAACCAGCAAAACGAAAGGGAGGUCUGGCAAACGUGGAUAGCUUGGCUAUUGAGACUUGUUUUUGGCGCUGAUCAAGGAUCCUACGCUUUCUUGGAAGGAGCGCUCCCUAUUCGCGCAAUAUCUUUGAUCUUUCGUUUCACUUGGACAGCGUUUCGGACAAUUCUGUCUGCUAUUAUGAACACCCUUGUAACCGGGGGCACUUUUGUCGAUAGUCGCGUUGAAUACCAUGGAAUCUCAAAGCAAUCAACCGGAUUUGAUAACCUUGUGAAAGCCUCGUCUCCUUCAGCAUUCUAUAACGCAGGGAGUAAUUUCGACUCACCGAAAUGUCAUCCAAACACACGGGUUGCCAUUUUGGAUAAGAUCAUGGAAUGGGUUGGAGGGAAUCUCGAGACUUUGGAUGGAUAUGUGCUGUGGCUAUAUGGACCCGCGGGCGCCGGAAAAUCUGCAGUCGCGAAGACCAUCGCAGAGAGGUGUAGUUCUCGGAACUUGUUGCUCGCGACGUACUUCUUCUCCAACACAGAUCCAACUCGUAAUCAGGUGAACGCUCUAAUGGCAACUUUGGCCUAUCAGGUGGCUUUGUAUCUACCAAUGGCCCGCGAUUUGAUUGAGAUGGUGGUUGACCGUGACCCUCUGAUCUUCACUCGCUCGCUACAAGACCAAUUUCAUUCCUUGAUCAUUCGCCCUUUGCUUCAACUUGUACAUUCCGGAGCCUUUACUCAAACUAGCCCCAGGGUGAUAAUCAUUGAUGGCCUCGACGAGUGCUUGAAAUUUGAUAUGCAAAGUUUAGUUUUGGACGCUAUCUCGAGUGAAAUGCAAGAAGUCGAAACCCGUUUGCCACUCCGUUAUAUCAUCGCUAGUCGCCCAGAGCCUCAUCUCUAUAUCCAAUUUGCUGAUCCACAGCUUUUCCCAAAAACAACUAGAUUUCCUCUGGACGACAAAUAUUACCCUACUGCUGAUAUCAGACAGUUCUUGGAAGAUUCUUUCAAGAAAAUCAAGGAAAGGCACCCCUUGCGAAGGCAUAUCCCUGGCGUUUGGCCGACUGUUCGUGAUAUUGAAACGCUAGUUAACAAGUCAUCAGGUCAAUUUAUAUAUGCAGCCACGGUGAUUCAAUACGUCUCUGCACCACGUAACCAGCCUGCACAAUGUUUAGAGGUCAUUCUAGGCCUACGCCCUCCUCGCUCAAACCACGCCCCUUUCGCCCAGCUUGAUGCACUAUAUACCAAAAUAAUAAAUCCUGCGGCCACAGUGGAGGAUAUAUCAUCCACGAUGAAAUUAUUGGGGUUUCUCCUUCCACAGAGUACCGAAAGGAUCGACUUAUAUCAAAAUGUUCUCAAGAUUCCUCGCUUUUUGGAGAAGUUUCUCGCUCUUGAAGACGGGGAGGUUCAGCGUCUUUUGAUAGAUCUUUCGUCUUUGAUAAGGUAUCAGGAUCAGGAUACCGAGCUUCGGGUUAUACAUGCGUCUUUCGUGGAUUUUUUACUGGAUGAGAACAGAUCAAAAGGCUACUUUAUUGACCCUGUAGAGUUCAAAGACCGACUCUCCAUUAUGUACUGUGAAUUCAUUCAGAGAUCACAUAUAUCUCAAGAUUAUAGUGAUAAUGACGAAGUGACUCUGCUUCGUUACUCAUGUCGCCAGCUUGCAGAAAAUUGCUCAAAAGCACCACCUUCUAAGGACCUGAUUGCAGUACUUCUGGAGACUCCCGUGGUUCCGCCGCUUUUUUACUUGGGCACAUACCAAGAUUUGGAAUAUUUCUUGGAUUUCUUUGCCUCUUUGGAAUCACCUAAUUUUGCAAGUGCUUCACACGUGUAUGAUCAUCAUCUCAAGGUUUGGGAUGAAUACCUCUUGGCAGAGCUGCAGAACUUCCCUUCACUGCUGUACAUAUAUGUAUGCAGUGUUCUUCUCCAUGAAGACUUUACUGGUUCGAUCUACUCGACCUUGUGUUGUCUGCUACCGGACCACUGGGAUUCAGAAUUUUCUCAUAUAAAAUGGCUAUACACUUGGGAUAGAAGCGGUUACGAAUUUGGGAUAAUCGAGCGUCCCUCUCAAGCGUAUCGGGUUAGGGGAACAACAAAAACUCGGAUUGGAGAUCGUGAUGAAUCGGAAAUGUUAGGUCACUUCUGGGAGUCUGAUUAUUAUGACAUGCGAUCACCGUCCUCGCCACCAGCCCUAGACAUCGAAGACGAUCACGGGCCAAUUAUCAAGGAUGCUCUCGCUUUUCUUCCGACCCUUUUGUCAAAAUCUAAUUAUUCGGGAACUUUGAUGAGGCAAAUUGAGUCUCAUUCUUUUCGAGAUGAGUGCAAGGGCUUGGAGGAAUUGGACAAAGCUAAACAGGCCAUGUUGCAAUAUCGAGAGCGAAUACAAGAUGAUGAAAUGUUUCAAAAGGCACCAAAAUUACGGAAAAAAUAUGGACGCAGUUUGUAA